AAGCAGCGGGGCCGGAGGUGCCCCCCGAGCCCCCCGAGGAGCCCCCCCCGGCCCCCCCGGCCGCGCCCCCCAAGGGGGACCCCAAAAGCGACGGGGGAGGGGCGGCGCCCCCCCGGCAGCCCCCCCCGGCCCAGCCCCCCGCGUACCCCAAAUUCCAGAAAUCGCUGCCCCCCCGAUUCCAGCGGCAGCAGCAGGAGCAGCUCCUCAAGCAGCAGCAGCAGCAGCAGCAGCAGCAGUGGCAGCACCACGGGCCCCCCCCGACCCCCCAAAGCGCCCCCCAACCUCUGGGGGCUUUGGGGGCGGGGGUCCCCCCGCCUGCCCCCGGCCCCGCCGCCGCCCCCCAGGCCCCCCCCGGGCCCCCCAAGUUGUUCGGGGCUCUGGGGAGACCCCCGGCCCUGCCCCAGUUGGGCUUCGACCCCCGCUGGGUGAUGCUGCCGCCCUACGUGGACCCCCGGCUGCUGCCCCCCCGAGCCCCCCACCUGGACUUCUACCCCCCCGGCGUGCACCCCUCGGGCCUGCUGCCCCGGGAACGCUCCGACAGCGGCGGCUCCGCCUCGGAGCCCCCCCCGGGCCCCCCCCCGCGGGACCGCGGGACCCCCCCGGGGGACCCCAAACCCUCCUGGGGGGGGGGCGAUGCCUUCGCGACCCCCCCCGAACCCCGGGGGCUGCCCCCCGCCCUGCGACCCCCCCCCGGCGACGACGAGAAGGGGCUGCGGAGUGAGACCCCCCCCAUCCGCCUGCGGGACCCCGGCGCGCCCCCCCCUUACUCCUACCCCCCCUUCGAGAACGGGGGGGGCCCCCCUUUACCCCGUUUCCCACCCCCCCCCACCGAAGACCCCUCCCCAAAAACCCCCCCCCGCCCCUGGACCCUCCCCCCGGCCGCGCCGCCCCCCCCAACCGCCGCCCCCCCCGGGCGCCGCCGCCCCCUCCCCCUCCCCCUCCUCCUUCAAGGACCCCCCCCAAAAAGCCGCCCCCUCCCCAAAAACCCCCCAAGGAGGAGGGGGGGGGCGCCGGGACAGCGCUGGGGGGUCCCCCCAAAGAGGAGGUUGUGGGGGGGGGCUCACGGCGCCCCCCCCGCGCCCCCCACGACCCCCACAAACCCCCCCGCGGUGGGGGUGGGGGUGGGGGGGGGUCGCGCACCGAGACCCGCUGGGGACCCCGGCCCGGGGGGGCGCCCCCCCCCCCGCCGCGGCGCCCCCCACCCCCACCACGAGGAGCCCCCCGAAAAGGGGGCGCCCCCCCCCCAGCGGCGGGCGGGGCCCAUCAAGAAACCCCCCCAAAAAGACGAGGUGGGGGGAGGGGCCAACGAGGAGACCCCCGCCCCUCCCCCACCCACCAAAGACCCCCCGAAACCCCCCAAAACCAAACCCGCCCCCCCCCACCACAAAGACCCCGGCGCUCCCCCGGGAGGGGUCGGUGGGGGGGGGUCCCCGCGUGGGGGGCGGCGGCGGGAUGGGGACCCCCCCCACGGGGGUGGGGGUGGGGGUGGGGCGGGGGUCCCGCGGGGGGGGCGCCCCCGGGGGGGGGAGUUCUUCGCCCGCGGCCGCGGCUUCCGUGGGGGUUACGGGGGGCGCGGCCGCGGGGGGGGGGGGUCCGGUGGGUCUGGGGGCUCCACCCGCGGCCGCCCCCACCCCCACCACGCCCAGCGGGAGUUCCGCGGGUUCCGGGGACCCCUCCCCAAUUCCGGGGACCCCCCCCCCGGCGCGGCGGAGGCGCGGAGCGAAGGCUCCGAGUACGAGGAGGAGCCCCCCCGGCGGCGGCUCCGCGGCUCCGACAGCUCCGACAGCGGAGACCCCCCCCCAAUUCCGGGACCCCCGGGACCCCCGCCCGCCCCGGGACCCCCGCCCGCCCCGGGGCUGCCCCCCCGCGCCCCCCGCGGCCGCGUUUUCACCCCUCGGGGGGUCCCGUCCCGCCGCGGUCGUGGGGGUGCCGGGGGGGUCACCGCCACUUCCAACUGGAGCCCCCCACCCACAAUUUCCUCCCAGCCGCCCCCCCCCGUUUCUCGUGGGGGAGGGGGCUCGGAGCGACCCCCCCGGCGGCGGCGGCACGGGAGGGGGCAGCAGCAGCAGGAUAAACCCCCCCGGUUCCGCCGCUUGCGCCAAGAGCCCCCCGCCGCCCCUCCCCCCCGGGCAGCCCCUCCCCCACAGCCUUCCUCCUCCUCCUCCUCGCCGCCCCCUCCCCAAAAUGCCGCCCCCCGGCGCCCCCCCCGCUCCCCCGAGCACAACUCGGACCAGUGGGAAACGGCCUCGGAGAGCUCCGACCUGGGGGGGCGGCGGGGGGGACCCCCCGACCGCGACCCCCCCGCCCCCGGGGGGCCCCCGGCUCAAGGACCCCCUCCCCAUAAUUCCGCCGGCGCCCCUCCCCCCAGCCCCCGCCUGGCCAAGCGGAGCUUCUCCAGCCAGCGGCGCUCGGGGGGACCCCCCCCCCAAAGCUCCCCCCAGCCCGGGGGGGGCCGCGGGGCGGGCGGGGGGCGCGGCGGGAAGGGGGGCGACAAGAGGGGGUGGCCCUCGCCCCGAAAUCGCAGCCGAACCAGCGAGGACCCCCCGGGCCCCCCCCCCCAAUUCCGGAGCCCCCCCCCCGGGGCUGGCGCUGCCCCCUCCCCCCUCGGCCGUGUUCCGCCUGGACCGGGUGGUCCCGAGCGACCCCGGGGGGAUCCGCAGGGCCCUGGCGGGGCUGGGGGCCAAGGCCGGGACCCCCGCCCCGGGGCUGCCCCCGGCGCCGGCAGCCCCCCUGGAGCCCCCCCUGGGCCCCCCCCUGGGCCCCCCCGGCGCCCCCCGCCCGGGCCUGGGGGGGUUUUUGGCCAAACGGCGCCAGAGACCCCAAAACCAGGACCCCCUGGGAUUUGGGGACCCCCGGCAGGAGGGGCCGGGGGAGGCGCAGGGGCGGCUGAGCCCCCCAGUAUGGAGCCAGCUGGGCACCAGUGCCCCCCCCAAGCCGCUGGUCCCGGGGCAGCCCUGGAUGGAGCCCCUCCCCCCACUGGGGGAGCCCGUCAGCCCCGAGCCCAGCCCCCCCGACAGCGGCGUGGAGCUGAGUGGGGACUCGGGGGUCUGCAGCCAGCGCAGCUCCCCCGACGGGGGUCUGCAGCCCCCCCCGCAGCCCCCCGAAACCGCCCGGGACACCCCCCAACCGCGCUGCCGCCGCCCGGACCCCCGCCCGGACCCCCGCCCGGACCCCCAGGUUUGUGGGGCGCCCCCCGCGCCCCCCCCGGGCCCCAUCGGCACCGAGCGCUCCCAGCGGGGCCGGAACCCCCCCGAGGCCUGGGGGGGGCCCCCCCAAACCUGAGGGGACCCCCCGAGAGGAGGAGGAGGAGGAGGAGGAGCAGCGGCACCCCCAGAGCGGGGAGGGGCUCGGAGCCCCCCGGCCCUGGGAGCUGCUGCCGGGGGGGGGUCCCGAGCCCCCCCCCCAAAAUCGACCCCCGGAGCCCAAAGGGCCCCCCCGGGACCCCCCCGAGAGCGGCCGGGGGGGGGGGCGGAGCCGCCGGGCAGGUGCCCCCCCCCGCCAUGGAGCCCCCCCAGGGCAGCGGCGGCUUCCGGCCCGAGACCCCCACGGUGCCGCCCUACAGGCCGGUGCUGGUGGCGGGGGCGGGGCUGCCCCUCCCCCCCCUGAAGAGCCCCUUCCUGGAGCUGCCGGGCCUGGGGGGAGGGGCCGAGCUGGCCAAGCUGGGGGGGCGGGGGGGGGGGUCCUGUACCCGCCCCUCCCCCCCUUCCUCUACGGCCCCUUCGGCCCCGACCCCCCCCCCGUGCUGCAGGUGAGGCAGGAGCUGCCCCCUCCCCCCUCGGAGUUCUACGGGCAGGGCCAGGGCGGCUUCCCCCAGGUGCUGCUGCCGCUGCUGGAGCCCCC